GGCCUCACCGGCCGGGCGCGAGCCUGCCCCACCGGAAACACGAAGCCGAAUUCCAGGCUAUUGUCCUUCCUCGCCUGGGGUUGCGCGGUCCCUGUGGCUGUCCUCGGGAGCCCGUAGUCGCGGUGCUCUCCGCCAAGGCGGUGGGCCUAGUCCCCCACGCCGAGUGUGUGGAAAAACCUAGAAUGGCAUCACAGAAGCUAAAAAAGGAGAAAGUUUCCAGGGAGAGAGAUGCUACUCAAGAAUCAGAUUAUGUUGAUACUGAGUAAGCUGACCUCCAAUUACUUCCUGAAGAAUGGAGUCUACCAAAAUCCAGAGUCAGAUGCUUAAUGGACUGAGCCAUCCAGGUGUUUGCUUCAGAAUGUAUACAGAAGAUGAGGCUAGGAAAAUAGGAGUGGUUGGCUGGGUGAAGAAUACCAGCAAAGGGACUGUGACAGGCCAAGUGCAAGGCCCUGAAGAGAAAGUCAACUCCAUGAUGUCCUGGCUGAGCAAGGUUGGAAGUCCUAGUUCUCGCAUUGACCGCACAAACUUUUCUAAUGAAAAAACCAUCUCUCAACUUGACUACUCAAAUUUUAGUAUUCGAUACUAACAGAAGAGAAAUAAAAAUUUUAAUGCUUAUAUUACACAACAAACACCAUAUAUUCUCAAGUCUAUGUACUAGAAUAAUAGUAGCAGAGUAGGGUAAAAAAAAGAACUGUUCUGAAAGCUACAACAGAAUAUAUGUUACUAAAAAGGUCUGACACUAAAAUAGUUUUACUCGACUAUGUUUUUAAGACGCAAAAACAUAGUAUUGUAAAGGUCAUUACAAAAUAUUUAAUAUGAAUAUUUAAACUUGUCUCGUGGAAUCUUUAAUGAAUAUUAUAGCGAGCGUUAUUUGGCUAGGUAUAAAAUAAAGCUUAACCAUUUAAAAAUUAAGCAUUGUUGUCUGAAUUCUAAAAACCUCCUGAAUAAUAAUUUAUUAAAUUUGAGUCAUUUGUUUAAUAAGAACCGGUAGUUAGAUAUAAAUGUAUAUGAUGAUCAGUAUAACCACAAAAUAAUAUCAAUAAAGAAUUUUUUAAAUUCUG